AUGGUCUCCCUUAAACUUUUACUUGCCAUUUCUACUAUUAAACAAUGGCAUAUCUUGCAACUAGAUAUUGACAAUGCCUUUUUAAAUGGUGACCUCAAUGAAGAGGUCUACAUGACUCUUCCAAAAGGCUUAACACUCGAUUCUUCUCUUACUACAGAAACAAAUCUGGUUUGUAAGCUUCACAAAUCAAUCUACGGACUCAAACAAUCCUCUCGCCAAUGGUACAAAAAGUUGUCUGAUGCAUUACUCGAAGAAGGCUUCAAGCAAUCACAAGUUGACUACACUUUAUUCGCUAGAGGCUCCAACGAAACUUUCAUUGCUCUCCUUGUUUAUGUCGACGACAUAAUCAUCACUGGCCCUAAUCUUCCACUUCUUCACCAAUUACAAGACUCCCUGCACCAGAAAUUCCAACUCAAAACACUUGGUGACCUUAAAUACUUUCUCGGCUUCGAAAUUGCUCGAGCAAAAGAAGGACUUUUCAUCUCUCAAAGAAAGUACACACUUCAACUCCUUGAAGAUACGGGAUUUCUUGGCAGUAAACCAAGCAAAACUCCAAUGGAUCCAAAGCUUCGACUCGACAAUGAACAUGGAGAGACCCUGGACAACCCCUCCACAUUUCGACAAAUCAUUGGCAAAUUACUAUAUCUCACACUGUCUAGGCCGGACAUAACAUUUGCAGUUAACAGCCUUAGUCAAUUUAUGGCCACUCCAAGAACACCUCACCUCCAAGCAGUCCACCAUUUACUAAGAUACCUCAAAGGAAAUCCUGGUCAAGGACUCCUUUAUUCCUCAACUUCAGCACUUAAUCUACGAGGUUUCUCUGACUCGGAUUGGGCAUCUUGCCCUGUUACUCGACGCUCAACCACUGGAUACUGCAUUUUUCUUGGAGACAGCCUUAUAUCCUGGAAAACAAUGAAGCAGCCCACCAUUUCGAAGAGCUCUGCUGAAGCAGAAUAUAGGGCCUUGGCUGCUACCACAAGUGAAAUCACAUGGCUACAAUACCUUCUCCACGAUUUUCAGAUUCCACAACAGCACCCUGCUUUCAUAUAUUGUGACAAUUAG